CUCGGCGGAGGUGGUGGCCGCGUACCGACUGCUCCAGAGUGCCUCAGUGCGUUCCUUUGACUUUCCAGGGGUGUUGUCGCAAACGUGAAGUUGAUGAAGUACCCUUCUUUGUCACCGUGAAAGGGAACGGGAGGGACAGAUCGCCGCAGUGGACAGGGCUGUCCCGUCGCUCCAGAAUCGGGGUGCCCUCAGAGCAAGGAGUUUGUUGGGAAAAAAAUGCUUUUGAAUUGGCUGCAGUCUCUCCUGCACAUAACUCUUAAGACUGCAAGCAGGAUAGAAGCAAAUUAAAUGGAAAGCUCAUCCACAGCUCAGAAAAACACCAUGGAGUUUUGAGAAGUUGAGAGACCAUGGUGGCGGCCAUGGGUGAUCAGGAUACAGCCAGACAAUGUGGACCAAUUCCCUCAGACUACGGUUUUUCUGCUGUCUGCUUGCACUGCUGAUGGUGGUGGUGCUGGUCAUCAAUGUUACUCAGGUGGAGUACUUGGACCACGAGACUGUUGCAGCCACAUUUGUGGACAGCAGUGGACAGUUUGUCCUCUCCCAGGCCACAGGCAUUAACCGGAGCCCCUACUGUGGUUAUGAACAGCAGACCCUGUCCAGCCGGGAGCGCAUGGAGGAGGACUCCCUGCUGGCCGCCUUGCAGUGGCAGGUGCCUGAUAUGGGGCCAGUCCCAUUUGUGAAGAGCACUGACCCUUCUUCCAGCUACUUUGUCAUCCUGAACUCUGCAGGCUUCUUCAAGGUGGGAAGCCAGCUGGAAGUGCUGGUAUAUGUGAAGGAUUUUCAAAGAAAGCCCAAGAAGUAUGGUGGAGACUACCUACAGGCCAGAAUCCAUUCCCCCAAGCUCCAAGCAGGAGCUGUGGGCAGAGUGGUAGACUACCAGAAUGGGUUUUACAAGGUCCUUUUCACUUUGCUCUGGCCGGGCAGAGUUAAAGUAUCCGUAUCUCUGGUUCACCCCAGUGAAGGAAUCCGAGUUCUUCAGCACCUGCAGGAAGAGAAACCAGACAGGGUCUUUUUCAAGAGUCUCUUCCGUUCAGGAAAAAUUUCUGAAACCACUGAGUGUAAUGUGUGUCUCCCUGGAGGUCUGCCCCUGUGUAACUUUACAGAUCUCUACACUGGAGAGCCCUGGUUCUGCUUCAAACCAAAGAAGCUCCCUUGCAGCAGCAGAAUUAACCAUUACAAAGGUGGAUACCUGAAGGGCCUCCUAACUGCCGCACAGAGUGCUUUCUUCCAGAGGUCCCCAGCCUUUAUAGGCUGGUGCAAUACUGUUGAGCCACACCUCCAGCCCAGUUGUCACUGGUAUUUUGAGGAAAUUAACAACUUAGAAGUAUCUCAAGGCUCAGGAUCCUUUCCUUCUGGGUAUUAUUACAAAGAUCAGUGGAGGCCUAGAAACUUUAAGAUGCGCCAGUUCAAUGACCCUGACAACAUUACAGAAUGCUUACAAAGGAAAAUGGUGUAUUUAUUUGGUGACUCAACAAUCAGACAAUGGUUUGAAUAUCUUACUACGUUUGUUCCAGAUUUAGUGGAGUUUAACUUGGGUAGUCCCAAGAAUGUGGGUCCCUUCCUUGCAGUGGACCAGAAGCACAACAUCUUACUCAAAUACCGCUGCCAUGGUCCACCUAUCCGGUUUACCACUGUCUUCAGCAACGAGCUCCACUAUGUGGCAAAUGAGCUGAAUGGGCUAGUGGGCGGGAGGAACACGGUGGUUGCCAUCUCCAUAUGGUCUCACUUUAGCACCUUCCCCUUGGAAGUAUACAUUCGAAGGCUCAGAAACAUCCGGCGAGCGGUGGUCCAGCUCUUGGAUCGAAGCCCUAGGACUGUGGUGGUUAUCCGAACAGCUAAUGCCCAAGAACUGGGGCCCGAGGUGAGCCUUUUCAACAGUGACUGGUACAACUUUCAGCUGGACACUGUGCUUCGGAGGAUGUUCUCAGGGGUUGGAGUGUAUCUUGUUGAUGCCUGGGAGAUGACUCUAGCCCAUUAUCUACCCCACAAGCUGCACCCAGAUGAAGUCAUUGUGAAGAACCAGCUGGACAUGUUCUUAUCUUUUGUGUGCCCUUUGGAGACUUAGCCUGCUCUCAGGAGGACUAAAGGAAUCUCUCCAGUGAACUUCCCAAUAGGCCUGCAUUGUAGAAGGUUUGCAGGUGGCCCAUUGUGAGAUAGCUGCUAUAAAUAAAUAUGUACAAAAUUUUAAAAAGAGUAUACUUUAUCUACUGACUUGUAUCGAACUCAGAAAAUGCAGGCUACAUUUAUAUCUACCUGUAGGAUUCCCCCCCCACACCCAAUCUUAGCCAUGGUAGAACUCUUUAUUAACAACAUCUAUACACUGAAUUGCCCUUGCAACCAAAGAUGCUAAUGAGUGUAUUGAACUGGUUAGGAUUGAAUGAGCUUCUCCGGUGAGUAGAGCAUGUAAGAAGUGUUCUGAUGUAAGUGGAGGGGCAAACUUGUUCAGCAGUAGAUGUGUGUAACUCACCUGUAAAGGAAAUAGAACACAUCUUCAUGAAUAGCUCAAGUAGUCUGUCUUGGGGAAUGAAGUCCUGUGGACACUGAAGACUGCUGUGUUUCUGGAGUUUCUCUUGAUUCACCUUUUCUGAAUUACUUGAAAAAGCCAAUGUGCUUGAUUAGAAUUUUAUAGUGAGGAUAUUAAUAUUUUCUGCUUUAUGUAGGACAGAAGCAAAAGGGAAACAUGAAGUUAGUAUGUGUAAAAUCUGUGUGUGGAUUGAUCUUUGCAUUGGAUGAUAAUUAGGAUCCCUCCCUCCCUUCCUUCCUUCCUUCCUUCCU